AUGACAUUCCAACACCAAAAAGAACUUAAAAAACUUCCAAUCCCCCCAUUGGAAGAUACGCUAUCCCGCUAUCUUGAGGUCUUGGAACCAUUACAAACUCACGAAGAACACUUGAAAACACAAAAAGCAUGUGAAGAGUUUAUUAAAUCAUCAGGUCCAAUUUUACAACAGCAAUUGAUUCAAUAUUCCAAGGCCAGAGAUUCAUACAUCGAGCAAUUCUGGUUUGAUUCUUAUCUCAACUACGAUUCACCAGUUGUUUUGAACUUGAACCCUUUUAUUAUGAUUGAAGAUGAUCCUAUUCCUGGUGAAUGUAAUUGGAUUCAUAGAGGUACACAGUUAACUUGCUCGACUUUGAGAUUUAUCCAUGCUUUAAGAAAUAAAAUCUUGCCAGUUGAUUAUUUAAAAGGCGGUGUACCUUUAGACAUGGAUCAAUAUUUGAGGCUUUUUGGAUCAGCAAGAAUUCCAACCCAAAACGGUUGCGUUUUGCAAACCGACCGGAACUCUAGACAUAUGGUGGUCAUUGUUAAUUCACAAUUCUAUUGGUUCAAUGUUUUGGAUGAGGAGAACAAUUUAAUCUUAACUCCCGAACAGAUCAGAAUGAACUUGAAGACAAUCAUAGAAGAUUCUCAAUCGACCAGUGCUGCAGAGAUUGCUAAAUCAUCUUUUGGUAUCCUAACUACUGAAAAUAGAAAAAUCUGGUCUGGAUUGAGAAAUAAUUUAAAGGCUGAUAAGACUAACAGACAAAUCUUGAAAACUAUUGAUUCUGCCCUAUUUUGUCUUGUCUUGGACGAUGUUGAGAUUGGCGAAGACUUGGAUCAGCUUUCUCAGAAUUUCCUUUGCGGUAGAAGUAAGUUGGAAGAUGGUAUUCAAGUUGGUACUUGUACUAAUCGUUGGUACGAUAAAUUGCAGUUAAUCAUUACUAAAGAUGGCAAAUCCGGUAUUAACUUUGAGCACACCGGUGUCGAUGGCCACACGGUCUUAAGAUUUGCUAGUGAUAUUUACACUGAUUCAAUUUUAAGGUUUGCAAGGACUAUCAAUAAGGACUCUCCUUCUAUUUUUAAUGAAGAAGCCAAAGUUACUCAAAUAGUUGAUACUGAACCUCCACGGAAAUUGGAAUGGAAUUUAACAAAUGAUUUAAGUUUAGCAUUAAGAUUCGCAGAAACCAGAUUGUCUGAUUUAAUCCACCAAAAUGAAUUUUCAACUCUAUAUUUUGAUAAAUUUGGCAUGGAAAGAAUCAAAAAGAUGGGUAUGUCCCCAGAUGCUUUUGUCCAAAUGAGUUUUCAAUUAACAUACUACUCACUAUAUGGUAAAGUUGAAUGUACAUACGAGCCGGCAAUGACGAAAAAGUUUUUACAUGGUAGAACAGAAGCGAUUCGAACUGUUUCACAAGAGUCCAAUGAAUUUGUAACCAAGUUUUUAUCAGACGAUGUUGAUUCAAAGACCAAGGUAGACUUACUAAAGGCUGCAUGCAAGAAGCAUUCUUUGAGAACUAGAGAAUGUUCCAAUGGCUUGGGCCAGGACAGACAUCUAUAUGCCCUAUUUUGUAUCUGGAAAAGAUACUAUGGUGAUUCAUUGAGUGAUAGGAAUAAUCUAUCUAAUGAUGAUGAUGAUGAUGAUGAUAACGAUGACACAUCAUCAAAUGCAAGUACUAUCAAUUUUGGCGAUUUACCGCAAACUGUUGAUUCCAUUGAAACUUUGAAGAAGAUCCCGUCAAUUUUUGCGGAUGAAGGUUGGGAUAAACUUAACACUACAAUAAUAUCUACUUCUAAUUGUGGUAAUCCUUCUUUGAAGGUAUUUGGGUUUGGUCCGGUCUCUGAAAAUGGUUUUGGUUUAGGUUAUAUUAUAAAAGACAAUAAAAUAAGUAUCUGUGCGUCUUCUAAACAUAGACAGACAUCAAGAUUCACAUCCAGUUUAGAAACCACGCUGACGUUGAUGGAGAAAACAUACAGAGAGGCACACGAGACAAGUUCACAGGAAUUGAAGGUAUCAUCUCCAAAGAGUAAGGAAAUCUCAAAAUUGCUAGGGGGUUACCCAAGUUACACUGUAGAGUCGAACUCAGAUUCCAUCAAAUCUAAAGAUUUUGAACAUCCUGAAAGAACGUUAUUUUCUGAUGCUGAUAUUGGACGUAAAUUACGCCUUGCUGAAUAUUAA